CAAUAACCACCGAGGAGCUAGUAGGAGUAAUGGCGGCUCAGAGCGGGUUGUCACACCCGGCUCCUGGCCGCGGUGGUGUGUCUGUUUUCCCCCCGGUGCCUCUGUCGGCUGAGGCCGCUCCGUUCACUCCCAUGGAGCCGUCCGGUUGGCGGCCUGGCUCACAGUCGGAGGCCGAGAAACUGUUUUCCAACUGCGCCAUAAAACUGAGAGCAAUGCGAGUAGACUCGGUCCAACUCAAAGAGGAGCUCAAUCUGCUCUUUGACCAACUCCUGUCCGAAAACUACAACAGGACCUUCGAGCCCGCUGUCAGCAUUCGUCCAGAGGAUGUGUGUUCUCUGCUGAAACAUGCCAGCUGUCUUGUGCCGCUGACUCAGGAGCAUCUAGUCAUCAAACUCUGCCAGGUUGUCCAUCAUCUGCUCAACCAGCUGAAGGUAAUAAUGGAUGAGCACACGCUGGAUGUACUGGUGAACUAUACUGCAGGUGCACUGAAGGUAUGCAGUACGUGGACGCACACAGACGUCCUCCUGGCACUCUCCACUGUAGUCUAUGGGAAUGGACCUCAGUGCCACCAGCACCUCAGCGACUUACUGGGUGAAGAGGGAUUCCUCCUGCAGUAUAGUUCUCCAUCUCAGUCAAACAUGGAGUUGCGCCGCGUUGCUCUUACCUGCAUGGCCAACAUCUGUCUCAGGAUACCUGGUCAGCCGCCUUUGGAUGAUCAGUACAGAAGUGUGUGCUUCCGAGCCUUCCUGAAAACGCUGCAGUCAACCAAACCUCCCGACACUGAUGAGCUCUACUACUGCAUGAUGAUCCAAGCAGCUCUGAAGGGACUUCAGUGUUGUCUCUCAGGUGGGAAGUGGAAAUUUGGUGGAGGGGAGGAGCUCGGGUCUGUACUGGCUGCACUUAAGCGGCUCAUGUUCCAGGGGGCUCCAGGUGUGAUUGUGGAGUGGCCGGCUGUACUUUAUCCAGCACCUUUACCGCAGUACGAGAGUCUCUCUGCAGCAAAAGCUGCAGAAUCACCAAAAUCAUUAGAGCCACCAAAGGAUGCCGCUGUGCCAGGAAAAGCUUCAGGGAAUAAAAAGAGGAAAUCUAAAGGUAAGGGAAAGAAGAUGAAAACCGAGGAGAGCAGAGGGGAUGAACGAGAGGGAGAUGCAGAGACUGUGCCUGCGCCUCCGAAAGGCAGGGCGGAGGAAAAACAGCCUGCCUCAUUUCUCUACCCGUCCUGGAAACUAAACAGUUCUGAUUCAGAAUUUUCCGACCUAGAGGGCAACGCGCAGAGCAAAUUAAGAGUGAACCACGGUCGUGUGCGUCAGGGGGCGCUGCACUGUUUGUUAGCAGUGGUGAAAGCAGUAGAGAAGAGAACUCUGUACGGUUACUGGUCUUCCUUCAUCCCCGACUCUCCCAUCGGGGGACCACCGCCUCUUACUCUCCUCACAAUUAUUCUGAAGGACCUCUCUCCAAAGGUGAGGUUGUGUGCACUUCAGGUGUUGUCAGCCAUGCUGGAUGGCUCCCGGCAGUUCCUGGCUGUGGCUGAAGAUACGGCAUCUCCUCGAACUUCUUACACCCCUUUCUCCUUCACGCUGGCGACUGCUAUCAGAGAGCUGCACCGCACCCUCAGUCUGGCCCUGCUGGCCGAGACCUCCCCUCAGACACUCACACAGGUCAUAAAGUGUCUGGCCUACUUGGUAGCCAACGCUCCCUAUCACCGCCUCAGACCUGGCCUGCUCACUCUGCUCUGGAAGCAUAUUCGUCCGUAUGUGCGCCACAGAGAUGUGAAUGUGCGUGUGUCAGUCCUGACACUUUAUGGCGCUCUGGUGACCACGCAGGCUCCUCUCCCUGAGGUGCAGCUGCUCCUCCAGCAGCCGGAUCACAGCAGCAGCACCGGUGCGUUCACGCCGCAGGACUCGGGUCUCAGCUGGAGACAAAGAGACGGGGUGUCCUCACCCUCUCGUACACCAGUCACACAUUCCCAGCGGAGCUCUAGCACACACUCCCCACACAUUCCUCACACACCAGGGGAAGAGGACAGCCGGCGACUGUGGCUGCUGCAGCUCUGUGUGACACUAGUGACUCAACCCAGAGAGGACCAAUCAGACAGCGAGGGAGUGGGAGGGGGUGCUGCUUUAGAGCCACCUCCUGUUCGACUUGAAGCUCUGCAGGUCUUGUCUCACCUGGUGCGUGGUUACUUCCCUCUAACUCAACACUAUCUGUGUGAGAUUGGGCAAGUGAGCGCACGCUGUCUUGGGGAGAUGGACACCUCCAUACAGCUACACGGAGCAAAAUUGCUAGAGGAGUUUGGUUCGGGAAUAAUUCAGCAGUACAGAGCAGAAAACAACGUGCCUGAGAGCUCAAGGGUCCCCAUAAGCCAGGUGGUGCAGUUUUGGUCAGAAGUGUUGAGCGGCCCAUUAAACCGAGCGCUGCAGAAUGAGCAACAUCCCACGCUGCAGGCGAGCGCCUGCGACACGCUCUCCUCCAUUCUGCCGCAGGCCUUCGCACAACUGCCUGACAAGACCCAGCUGAUGUGCAUCACUGUGCUGCUGGGACUCACCUACAUUGAAAACUACCUGGUGAAGACGGCAGCCGUCAGGGCUUUGGGGAUCUACGUACUGUUCCCCUGCUUGAGAGAGGAUGUCAUGUUUGUGGCUGAUACUGCAAACACUAUCCUAGCUGCGCUCGAUGAUCGAUCUACAAAUGUGCGUGCCAAGGCUGCCUGGUCCCUCGGGAACCUCACAGACACUCUUAUUGUUAAUAUGGAGAGUGUAGGUGUGGACUUCCAGGAAGAGUUAUCAGACAUGUUGCUGCUCAAGAUGCUGCAGGCAGCCACGCGAGCAGCAGCAGACAAAGACAGGGUGAAGUCGAAUGCAGUGCGCGCUCUCGGGAAUCUGCUUCAUUUCCUGCGGCAGAGUCAGAUGACCAGGCCUGCGUUCCAGCAGCCGCUGGAAGAUGCAGUGCGUGCUCUGGUUAAAACGGUCCAAUCAGAGGCUACGAUGAAGGUCAGAUGGAACGCCUGUUAUGCUUUGGGAAAUGCUUUCAGAAACCCCGCCUUGCCGCUAGACUCAGCCGCCUGGUCUCACGAAGCGUUCUCUGCGCUCUGCCAUGUUGUUACUUCCUGUAAGAACUUUAAAGUGCGGAUCAAAUCUGCCGCUGCCCUUGCAGUUCCCGCCCACCGCGGCUGCUAUGGAGACACAGAGCGGUUCACCCGUGUGUGGCGCUCCCUCGCGACAGCUCUUGAGAACAGCGAAGACACCAACGACUUCUUGGAGUACCGCUACAGCGCCAGCCUGCGACACACACUCUCUCAGGCUCUCUUGCACCUGCUCAGCGUAAGCCAGUCACAGGACAUGCUCGGGCUCAGCGCGUCGCUGGCCAGCGAGGAGGGGACAGGCAUAAGAGAGCAUUUGAUAAAGUACCUCCGAGCAGAGGAAGGAGGAGGAGAGGAGGCAGAGAAGGAUAUAAGGGGGGAAAGUUUGCACCCUCGGGAGAGAAUUGGAAGUGUGGAGCAGAUUUUGAUCAGGAUAAAGGGGUUAAAGGUGGAAGGGGAGGAGGAGAGGGGUAAGGAGAUGGUGAUUCAUUUCCUGGAGGAUUUAAUAAAGAUUUGUGAAGAGACUUGGAAAAACACCCAAACUAACAGAGAGGUGACUGAAAGCAAAGCGGAUCAUAUAUGAACUGCUGGGCAGUGAUUUAUGACUGAUAAUGUUGAACAUCUGUUCAAAGAUAUUUUAAAUCUGAUUAAAUACAAAUAAACAUUUGCAAGAAGUAAAAGAAUAAAUUGAAUCCUGUGUAUUGAUCUGAUGCAUUUACACUACUUAGGUCAUGCCUAGUUAGAGGAUGAUUGUGGCUUUGUAGUUUUUUAAUAUGAUUAAAGAUUUUUAAGUGUAAACAUGUAA